CAUCUUCCCACCCCUGUGGAUGCGAUCAGGUUGGAGUUGACAGAGCGGGGCCCCCCACCUUCCUUUUCCGCUUGCAUUUGGGAGCCAUGCAGUCUCCGAAGAAAGGUCUGAUCUGCAACUUAAACCAUGUCCACCUGCAGCACAUCUCCUUGGGCCUCCACCUCUCUCGCCAUCCGGAGCUUCAAGAAGAUUCCAAUGCUUUGACCGCAAGACAGCAGAUGACGGAUUGCCAGGAAUGCCGUCACGGUCAGCGGGACGGAAGCCCCGAGCUGGUGGAUGCCAAUUCUAACAAUCCGUCGACACCAUGCCGGUGUUGCGAUUCUCACCCGCUCCGGUCGGACAUAAAGCUGGGCCUGCAGAUCCAGCCUGUCUUGCCCAACCGCCCCACUGCGAAGAAUGAGGGAGAGGAGGAGGAGGAAGAGGAGGUCAGGACCCCUUCGGAUGCAGCCUCCUCCUCCGUUAGCAGCUGCUCGGAUCUCAGCCUCGAUGAUACCCCGGUCUCGGUGUACUACAAGGAAUUCCCCACUGAGGAGGCCCCGAGCCCUGAUCAGCAGCCCAACAUUGUCCCCCUGGAGGAUUCCCACAGUGCCGUCCCCCCCGCUGACUGUGAUGACCAAGGUCCAAAUCUCAACAUCCGACUCGGAGAGCAUCCAGUGUCCCAUGUCCAGGAUAGCCCUGAUAGUCUAGGCAGCAGCAGUUCCCUUGGCUCGCCAUCUGCUUCUCCCUGCACGGAAAGUCCUGUCGAAUCACCCCCUACUGUUGCCUGUGCCGUUCCCUCGAUAGCACCGCCCCCCAUUCGUCCUUGCAGGGCACCCCCAGCUGUGCCGGCCGCCUAUGUUGGCACUGAGCUAGAUUCUAACUGUAACGCCCUCCCUGCUCAGCCAACGAAGUCUGAAAAUCUCUCUGCGCUCCCCUCGGGGCAACCGGAUGUCAUCUUGAAUCGGGCCACUCCGCCGAGGCCCAGUUGUCCUAGGGGUCCUCCUCCUCCUAUUCCCCCCAGAACCAAGAGAGGCCUGCUGGGGUUGAAGCGAUAUGAAGUCGGGAAGCCAACAGUGGCCCCGUCUUCCCUUCCAGAAUCGCAGUCAGGCUACGGUGACGAGCAAAGCGAGAACGGCAAGAAGAACGUCACCUCUUUCCAUGAGUUAGCGCAAAAACGGAAGAAGGUUACGGCCGUGCCACCCUUUCCGCAGACGAGGAAGGACCAAAGCGACUGGCUGAUAGUCUUUUCUCCCGACACCGAGCUGCCCCCCUGUAACGAACUCACUUGCGGCAGCGCACAGAGCCAGGAGACGACUGGCCCCCCGACCUCGCCAAAUGAGUCGGCUAACCCCGCUGGCUGCGGGCAAAGAGAGGUGACCACAUUCAAAGAACUUCGCUACCGCAAGCAGAAGACCCAGCCAGCCCCCAAGGGUGGUGCCCCACCACUGCAACUGGUGAAUCCAGCCAAGGGCAUCCCUGACGGGAACAGUUCCCAGGAGGUUGACUGGCAGCUGCCACCGAACGGGCACUACUGGGCACCCAAAGAAACCCAGCCCCGGCGGAAAAAGUCUCGUCCAGGGCUGCAGCCCAUUGCAGAGCGGGGCUGUGAAGAAGACGAAGGAAUGGAGCAGCAGGCACCCCACAGAAGUUUCGAGGACAUGGCUCAUCGGAGGGAUUCCCUGAUGCCGGGGAAAGCAGAGAGAGAUCGAGGCCAAGCAGAGGCUGGUACUCUCCCUGCUUGCUCCUCCUGCCCUCAGAACCUGCCUUUCCAACCGCUUCUAUUCCAUUUCUCGCUGGUGGACGGCAAGGCAGGCGAGCCCCUGCACCCGUCUCUCUGCCCUAGCUUGGAGAGCGUGGAGCUGACCUCCCCCAGCCCUUCGGGGUCGCCCUUCUGCCCCCGCCUGAAGACCUUGUCCUGCGAGGAAGUUUGCUUGCUCGCCAGCAGCGAGCAGGGCCAGGUUUUCGGCACGCUCUCCCCCGAGGAGCUACUCCCCAUUCGCCUUUCCCCCAUAGGGGCGUACUCCCCCCCUGCCCGGAGCACCCUGCCUUUCCUGGAGAGCCCCGAUCUGGCUGUGCUGUUCUCCCCGCUCUUCCCCCGCAGCAGAACUUUCCCCGCCUUAGCUUUCCCCACCCGCCAGGUCCCCAAGCUGCCGUUUGGAGCCUGUGGCCCCCUCAACAGCCAGGCUGGAGCGGGCCCAGGGAGAGUGUCCCAAGACAGUAUGGGAGCCACGAAUCCGGGACAUCCCACACAACUCCGACAUUCUCAGUCUUUUGGUGGGGUCCCGAGCAAAGGCUGUACUUGGGGGGCAGACGCUAACCAAGUGUCUGUGCAGCUUAGAGAACAAAAGAAAGCUUUGCUCGUGGCAUUGAGUGCCUCAGUGGACAGGAUCGUGGCCCAUUUCAGCACUGCCAGAAACCUCGUCCAGAAGGCCCAGCUGGGAGACAGCCGGCUCAGCCCGGAAGUGGGCUACCUCGUCGUGAGCACCCUCUGCCCAGCCCUGCGAGCCCUGGUGUGCGACGGCCUGAAACCCUUCCAGAAGGACGUCAUCACGGGCCAGAGGCCCAGCUCCCCGUGGAGCGUAGUGGAAGCCUCUGCGAAGCCUGGACCCCACACCCGCUCCCUGAACGCGCUCUACUGGCGGGUGUCUCGGCUGGCACCGCUCCGGAGCAACCAGCAGCGUUUCCAUGCCUUUAUCCUCGGACUAUUAAACAUGAAGCAGUUAGAACAGUGGUUCUCCCACCUGCAGCAGAACACAGACCUCAUCUCAGCUCUCUACUUGCCCUCUGCCUUCCUGGUCCUCACCCAAGGUUUUUGCCGCCGCUGGGCCGAAGAGACCCUCCUCCUGCUCCAACCGCUCUCCACGCUGACCUUCCAGCUGGACCUUCUCUUUGAGUACCACCACCUGUCCCUGGAUGUGCGACCAACGUCCCAGCAGGCUGGGAUGCCAACAGAGCUGUCUGCAGCUUCUCAGAAGGUCCACAGGUCUGGCCGCCCCCAUUUGGCUAGGCACCUGGGCACCGUCCCCAGCCUGACAGAAGGGCCCCUGGCCCAAUCUAGCCCUCUCCACGAGCCCCAAGCGGGGGUCAGCCUGCCCCAGAGACUGCUGCAGUGGGGAGAUCUUCUCACCCACACGCUGCGGGGCAGUGAGGCCUCCCCCAAGCUGGAGUCAUGUCCCCCGUCCAACAGCCCAGGGGCUGAAGAGAAGCAACGCAACUGGUGGGGACGGCUGAACCCGGUUUCGGGGGUCCACGCUGACUCCUCUGCCUCGAACCAGGAGGGCUCCCCUUUCACCCGCUGGACCAAGCUGCGGAUGGCUCUGGAGGAAGCCGUGAAGGAAGUCUGCGUGGGAGCAGGGGGUGCUGCCCCUGAAGCGGCCAGCCCCGGAGAAAGCGGCGCAGAGAUGCCAACCAAGACCCCCACUCCUGAGACGGAGAGCUCACCUGAAGUCGCUGCGGAAUGGAAGCUGGAGAUGAGUCGAUCGGGUGCUGGAUCCCAAGAGGCCAAUGAGAAGACAGAUACUGCAGAGACCCAUGGGAAGGGGCAGAGGCUGAGGUGGCUGUUUGGAGCCACUUCCCCGGCAGUUUCAGGAUCUCCCCCCGAGUCUGAUUCUAGCGUGCCCAAAUCCAGCAGGCGCCCGUCUAGCUGGCUGCCGCCCAGCAUUAAUGUCCUGGCUCUGGUGAUGAAGUCGGCACCCCUGGAGAAGAGCUGGGUGGAGGAGUCCUGGGAGGAAGGCCAGCCAGACCCACUGCAGCCUUACAGGGCCGUGCGUGCUCUCUGUAACCACAUAGGGACCGGGGCGGAUCAGCUGAGCUUCCGUAAAGGCGACAUUCUGCAAGUCUUGGAUACCGUCAAUGAGGACUGGCUCCAGUGUUGCCGUGGCGACAGCAGAGGCCUGGUUCCCGUCAGCUACACCUCUCUCAUCCUGUGAACCGAGGGCCGGGCAGCGGAAGGCUGAGGCAACACUGCUGCAGGGAAAAGAGGCCACCUUCACAUGCCUCCUGUGCUGUGCGAGGAGGGUCAGCUAAAAACAUGCACGCUGAGAAGGAGACGGCAGCGGUGUUCCCGCCCCUCUGGAACAGACUCAGCAGAACUGCCAGUCACUGCCCUCUACGGAGGCCCGGCCUGCAGUCCCAGCGAGGCCUGCCCUCGGGUAGAGCCCUGCUUGUGCCACGGCCAUCUCGCGCUCGCCCCAAGUUUUCUUUCAAACUGGGAUCCUGACGCUGCUUGAAUGCCUGGCCUGAAUCGGCUAACGCAAGCCCCUCCCCGCCCCCACAAGCACAUUUACACGCUUUCCCACACACACACCGCUUUCACUUGUAUUCGCUGCUCUCGAUGAUUGUGCCCCACCGUGAAAGAUUGUAAUCGCUCACGUGUAUAUUGCAUAAAUCGGUGUAUAUAUAAAUAUAUAUCUCUUCUGC